UUUUUUUUGUUAUUGCUAUUAUUGCUAUUAUUUAUUUGUAUUUGCACUGGCAUUCUGAGACACAACUUCUUCUAGAUCUAAACAUGGAGUCGAUUCCCAUCAGCUCGACGUCGCAGAGCGAGCCGACGCCGCUGCCGGACUGGUUGUCACAGCGGGCGCUCGCGCUCAAGACUGCCAGUGCAGAGAAGAAGCAGGAGCGCGACGCUGAGGCUGCAUCCACGCUGGCGACGCCCGCUGCGUUCUGGGCUGCGUUCGACGCAAGGCGAGCAGAGUUCGACGGGCUAAUAACCGGCGGUACAAUCGACCAAGUUGCCGCUGAUCAACGCAUUGCCGAAUUGCAGCAGAUUGUCUCGGACGCGACACUGUUCUUGCCCGCGUUUGAUUUGCGCAGUGCGCAGCAGCAAAUAGUUAACUUGCAAGAGCGAUGCCAAGCAGCAAUGGCAGCGAACGCGCCAAAGAAAAAGUUUGCCUUCAAGGCGAAACCUGCCGCGACGGGAGCGCCCAAAGCCGCCAGUGUCGCAGCGCCUUCCAUACCAGUUCCUGAUGCGAAUCGGCCCACCAGUCACGUCGAGCAUCCAGCAGUGCCGAAGCCAGUUGAGAAAAUUGGUGCCUCUGAAGGCUGCACUCUCGAGGUGCUUUCUGGCAAUGCCGCACGAGCAUUAUCUGAUAUCUCCAACCGGCAUGUGCUGGUGCAGCAAGCGGACGGUGAAGAAUCGACAACGUCGUCCGGAUCGGACAGCACAAUAUGCAUUUCCAACGUUACGAACAGCACGGUCGAAAUGGCAUUGACAGGGUCAAGUGCUCGACUGCUCAAUGUACGAUCGAGCCGCAUCCUAUUGGGGCCCGUAUCUGGCUCAGUUUUCCUCGAGAAUUGCGUCAAUUGUGAAGUAUAUUUGACAGCGCAGCAGUUUCGUGGGCAUCACUGCCAUUGGACCCGAGUUGUUUGCCAUUUAACCGCCAAGGGCAUUAUUGAAGAUUGCACAACCAUGCAGUUUGGUCGGUUGCGCGUGGCUCCUGCUUCAGAGCCAUUGUAUCAAGCACUAUUCAAGGCGAGUCGGCUCGAUGCUUCGAAACCCAAUCACAGUCACCAAAUCGAUGACUUUAUGUGGUUGCAUGCAGCAACACCAUCGCCCAAUUGGACUCCUAUCGAUGACGACCACUGCGAACCACUUUGCUUUUCCACUCCACCAGUCUGA